AUGGCAUUAAUUCACAAUCAGAAUGACAUACAAAACAUGUUUAGCAAGGCUGGCAAAAUCACCUCAGAAAAAUAUAUUGUCUUCCAAAGAAAAGAUGAAAUUAUCAACAAUAAACCAAGAUAUUAUAACACCAAAUCCUUAUCAGUUUCAUCUCCUGAAGAACCCAACCUAUAAUCCGAAAAGAAAACUGCAGAUACCCUUACCAAAAAGCCAGAACAAAUUACUGAAACAGAACUCGUCCAACGCAAAAAUCAACUCAAACUCUCCUAACCCUUCUCUAAACAACUCUCUCGACAAGUCGGACAUUAUACCAAGCUCAGUAAUGAUAGCAAACCCUCCUGUGGACAAUAUCAUGUCAAGUACAUUCCAUUCACGAUUAUGACAAAUCCCUAAAGCAAACCACUCCCGGAGUCGUAUAAGGAAAGCUUGGAUAACCAGAAUGCAUUGACAAACCUAUUGUUGAUCGACCUAGAUUUUCUCGUAAACUCAAAGGUAAUCAAAUUCAUCCUACUGAAUAGACCUGACAUCUUCUUUGGAAGACCUACUCCACAUCCAGAUAGAUUCACAUUCUUGGGUGUCACCAAUUCUUGGAGUAAAAUCCCAAGAACCCCCAAUGUUUAAUUGGACAAGUAAUUGUCAAGGGAUUAAAUGAUCAUUUAUAAAAAGAAAUAAUUUGCCCCAGAUUAUCAUCCCAAUUUUGAAUUCGGUAGAAAACAAUUAGGUAGUUGUGGAGCUCCCUUCGAUAAACUUGAAAUCAGAAAGGAUAUUAUGACCAAAAUACCUCCCUAUAAUAAUGAGGCCUAUUUUGAAUUUGAUGUCUACUCAAAAGAUCCAUAAAGUAAAUUAUUUAGAAAUCCUACUGCCCCUAAUUUUGAAAGAAUGCUAGAAAGAGAGUGCGAUGGAAAGUCAUUGUUACCCAGCUUUAUGUAGAAAUACACCAAUACUAGGAUGGGGAUUGCUCAUUUGAAUCAAAAAAUGUUAGAAGUCAACAAUUUUAGAGAUGGUAGAUUUCAAACUGUCACUACAAGUUUUGCCCCAUCAAAAUUAAAAAAAAAAUAACACCUUGAUGAGUCCAGCGAAGAAAUUGAAUAGAUUGAAGACUAAUAAUGA